AGAAAAUAUAACAUGGCUGCAUAGCUAGGGUUAUUGCAUUUCGUUUGGGACUCUUGUUGUCAAAUUUGUGAAGGGCGAUCAGCGUGACUAGACGGACGUUCCCUGGUUCCUUAAGAGCAAGCUAUUUCGAGGAGACACUGCGAAAAUGGCGACUGUCAUCGCCCUUGACCGAGUUUUCAAAUUCGAUGACGCGGGGGUGCCUUAUCUGCAUCUGUAUGUGGGCUUCACGGUGGCGGUCUACCUGUUCCACACCUAUCUCGAUGUCCGACAGCUGCGGGCUCUCCGGCGGCCCAGCCCUCCAGAGGCGCUAGCGGGCCUGUUCAGUCCAGAGCUGUAUGCCAAGACAAGAGCCUACAACCUGGAUAAAUGGAGCUUCUCCUUCGCGCACAGCUUGUACAGUACCGUGGAGACGCUGGCGCUCAUUUUGGCCGGCGUCCUGCCUUAUGUCUGGGUGUUCUCGGGUAACUUGCUGCGCACCGCUGCCGCGCACGCGGGACCUGGCUUGUGGCCCGCCUGGCUCUCUACGGCGUCCGGUGUGGAGAUCGCGCAGACGGUGCUGUUUGUGUUUUUGCUGUUCCUGGGAAACCUGGUCAUAGAAUUGCCGUGGGGCCUGUACUCGACAUUCGUGAUUGAGCAACGUCACGGCUUCAACAAGCAGACGCUGGGGCUGUACGUAUCGGAUCUUGUGAAGCAGGUUCUCCUGGCUGCGGUGCUGCUGCCGCCCAUCGUGGCCGGGAUUACCUACAUCCUGCAGGUGGCGGGUCCGAUGCUACCGUUGUACCUGUGGGGCUUCAUUUUCGCGUUGAGCCUCUUCUUCAUGACCAUCUACCCCGUGCUCAUUGCGCCGCUAUUCAACAAGUACGAACCUCUCCCGGAGGGCUCCCUUCGUUCCAAGAUUGAGGCUCUGGCCGGCAGUCUGCGCUUCCCUCUGCGCAAGCUAUACCGCGUGGAUGGCAGCCGCCGCUCGGCCCACUCAAACGCCUACAUGUACGGCUUCUUCAACAACAAACGCAUCGUACUGUACGACACCCUGAUUCAGCAAUGUAGCGAGGAGCAGGUGGUGGCGGUGCUGGCGCACGAGCUCGGUCACUGGAAGCUGUUCCACACCCCGCAGCUCUUCAUUGUGAACCAGGUGGUGUUGGUGUCGCAGUUCUGCCUGUACACCCUGGUGCGCAACAGCACAGCGCUGCCGGCGGCGUUUGGUUUUGGCUCAGGGGAGGCGGUGGGCGCCAGCGGCUUAGCACCGGCAUUUAUUUCGCUCAUUCUGUUCCAGUUCAUCGUGUCGCCAUUGGACGAGGUCAUCCACUACGCUAGCAAUGUUGUGAGUCGGCGAUUCGAGUUCCAGGCGGACGCCUUCGCGGUGCACACCGGCCAUGGAACUGAGUUAAGGAGCGCUCUUCUCAAGAUGGAGGAGGAAAACAAGGGCGCUAUGCACGUGGAUCCCUGGUACUCAUCAUACCAUUACUCUCACCCGCCGCUGGUAGACCGCCUCAAAGCUAUCGAUAGUGCCGUGAAGAAGGCCACGUGAGCAAGGCUUGGGAGGACACAGUGUAUGACCGCAGUAAAUCACUGGGGGAAGCCCUGUUCGUUAGAUUGCUGGUGGUGGCAUUCGUUAAUGCAGAAGGUUCAGAAAUGACGGAUUUCGAAUUAGUGUCGCAUUAUUGGUGUCCUGCUGCGCGUGCGACAUGAUGAGGUCGACGACCUGGAUUCCUCUCCUCAACAACUGGUGACUAUGUCACUAUCCAACUGAUCAGACUACCCCGUACAACCCAUGGACCUGUCGAUACAUCCAGCCAUAAGCCCAUCUAUGUAAGGGCUUUCGUCUCUCGCCUAACAUGCACCAUUCCUGCUCCCGACACAAUGCAAUGCAAUGUACAGUAAGAUAAAUGCUUCCCAAUUGUGUAAGUACUGGCAUAUAG